CUGAAUAAUUAAAGCCAUAUCUAUCAUCGGUUUGCGACUCGAUCGUAUUUAUUUUUUUUCCUCUUCCUACGCCCGCAAUAUAUCAGUGCGUUGCCUCGAAAGCAUUUUCCUGCGAUCCGUAAACCCUUCGGUGUGGUUGAACUGAGCACAGAAGGACCGAUAAGAAAAGUGAAUCUCUUCAGUGCUGUAACGAUCAAGACAUGAGUGCAUUAAACAAAUCUGCUGGCCUAACGGAGAAUGGAGGGUUACAUAAUGACCGCGUGGCAAUUCUAGACGCCGGAUCACAGUACGGGAAGGUAAUCGAUCGAAAGGUGCGUGAACUCAACGUCAAAUCAGAUAUUUUACCUCUGGAAACAUCUGCCUUAAAACUCAAAGAACUCGGAUACCGAGCAGUUGUUAUAUCCGGUGGACCCAAUUCUGUUUACGCCGAGGAUGCGCCAAAGUAUGAUCCAGAUAUUUUUAAGUUAGGCUUACCAAUAUUAGGUAUUUGCUAUGGAAUGCAGAUUAUCAACAAAGAGUUUGAUGGAACCGUACAGAAAAAGGACAUCCGAGAGGACGGAGAGCAUACAAUAGAAGUUGAAGAGAGCUGUCCAUUGUUCAACCGCUUGCAACGUUCACAGAAGGUUUUGCUCACUCACGGCGAUAGUAUUGAUCGAGUGGGAGGCAAGCUUAAGGUGGGAGCAUAUUCGUCAAAUCGCAUCGUUGCCGCAAUUUAUAACGAACAGCUGCGUAUUUAUGGCGUACAGUUUCAUCCGGAGGUCGAUUUAACUGUCAACGGUAAACAGAUGCUCUCUAAUUUCCUUUUGGAUAUUGCGGGAAUGCAACCGAACUUUACAAUGCGCAACCGUGAGGAAGAAUGUAUUGCGUACAUUAGAGAGCAUGUGGGUAACAGUAAGGUGUUGUUGCUGGUAAGCGGAGGGGUAGAUUCGACAGUUUGUGCAGCAUUGCUAAGACAUGCCUUAAAACCGGAUCAAGUAAUUGCUGUCCACAUCGAUAAUGGUUUUAUGCGUCUGAAUGAGAGUGCAAAUGUGGAAAAGUCGUUGCGUGAGCUGGGUGUAGAUUUAUUCGUAAAGAAUGCAAUCUACAAGUUCAUGAAAGGUACGACCACAAUCAAACUUCCCGGUUCCUUAUACAAUCAGGACACACAAAUGCUGUGCCAGACCAUCAGUCCAGAAGACAAGCGUAAGAUCAUUGGUGAUGUGUUCGUAAAAGUAUCCAACGAGGUGCUGCGCGAGAUGAAUCUAAACGCGGACGAAGUGUACCUGGCCCAGGGAACUCUUCGGCCGGAUCUGAUCGAAUCCGCCUCUGCGUUGGUGAGCGCCAAAGCCGACACGAUUAAAACACACCAUAACGAUACAGAACUGAUACGGAAGCUGCGCGAUGCAGGGCGCGUGAUUGAGCCGUUACGAGACUUUCACAAGGACGAAGUGCGACAGCUAGGCUACUCGCUGGGACUACCGGCACAUUUGAUCGAGAGGCAUCCCUUCCCUGGUCCCGGUUUAGCCAUUAGAGUGCUGUGCGCUGAGGAAGCGUUCAUGAAAGACUAUUCAGAAACACAAGUCAUUGUAAAAGUGAUAGUGGAUUACAAAAAUAAGCUGGAGAAAAAUCACGCUCUGCUGAAUCGCGUUUCCGGCACCACUACGAAGGAAGAUCAGCAGCAGCUCUGCCGUAUAUCUAGUAACAUCAAAUUGAAUGCUACUCUACUGCCAAUAAGAAGCGUAGGCGUUCAAGGCGACAAACGCUCGUACAGCUAUGCGGUGGGUCUAUCCAGCAAGGAUGUCCCAAAUUGGCAAGAUAUGCUCUUCUUAGCGAAGCUAAUACCGCGUAUUCUGCACAAUGUAAAUAGAGUAUGCUACAUUUUCGGGGAUGUUGUCCAAUAUCCGGUGCAAGACAUUACCCAUACGCUGCUCACCGAAAGCGUUGUGUGGCAGCUGCGUCAGGUAGAUAACAUCGUCAAUAAGAUUCUGAUGGAACACGAAUGUAUGCGUAAAAUUUCUCAAAUGCCUGUCAUCCUGAUACCAAUACACUUCGAUCGGGAUCCUGCGCAAAAGACCCCAUCCUGCAUGCGAUCUGUAGUGUUGCGACCGUUCGUUACAAACGAUUUCAUGACCGGUGUGCCAGCGAUUCCCGGAACCGACAGGUUACCGACAAAUGUACUACAAAAAAUGGUAGAUGAAUUAUCAAAUAUGCCGGGAAUUUCUCGAGUGCUACUAGACCUGACGUCGAAACCACCGGGUACUACCGAAUGGGAAUGAUUCCCCUUAUAUCAGACAUCUUCUCCUCUACUUGCACUAACUUCGCCACCAAUCUGAUAACGAAAUUAGAUUAAACGAAGAAAUAUCAUCAGCAUCAUCGUUGCCAGCGUCAUUAGCGCACGCUGUCAGUGUCGCAUGAUUUGCCGCCGUUAUUGUUGCUGGUCCCGCACGCACGCGCUUAGCGCUAAACCCCUUUUGAUUAUCGUCGUCAACAUCAGCCGCACUGCUGGUCCCUGAAAUGUGUCCUGAGUUAAUAUUCUUCUGCGUUUCUAUCACUUACUUUACGUUUGGUUAAGAAAAGCUCCACGAAUUUGGUUCAUGUGACCAGACCUCGCCGGACGUCGUUAUGUUUAUUCUUAUUCAUCCAGCAUUUAACACAGUGUUUCAUGGACUGGAAUUGUAGCAGCGGAAAUAUGGUUGUUUGCCCGACUUUGUUUCGUAUUCGCGUGACGAAUAUUUGUUUGUUAGCAAGCCAACGAAACCACCAUGUUUGGGUACGGAAUUGAAACAAAUGGUGCAAAUUGAAGAAUGCAAAAAGUACUCAACGUAUGUGUUGGAAAUGUAUUGAAUGAAUCUAUACACAAAAAAACAGUUUGAGAUGUAGUUAAACCAUUCUGUACUGUAUUGAACUAUACGUUACAAUAAUUCACACGUAUUAAUUGCAACCUUCUUUUUCUUUGCAUAUGUGUUCUUUACUAUUUUACCUUUUACCUGAGAAGCAAAACAGUUUAAGCGCUAACUUGUAGUAAUACUGCAAUAACUUUACACAGAAUUAUCCGCUACGCUCUGAACCAAAAUUUCUCAUUCAAAUGCGUAAAACAAACUUAGGGGAUAAAGGAGAGCAAUGUACACCGCAACACGUUGAAAAGAUUGAAUAACUUAAAAUCAAUUCACCAACAGCUAACAGUUAAGUUACAUUCAACCAAACAUUUAACAAAGAAAAAAAAACAAAAACGAACACACAUUCUCGGUAAUAUACAGCAGCAGAUCGGAGAAAUCAGUGGUACGAAGGGACAGAUGUGGCAAGUAAUACUGGGAGUUAAAUAAAACAGUUAAAACGAAACCGUUGGUCGAGUAGACAAUUGAUAAACCCAAUUGUUUUGCGCGCACGCUGCUGAAAGUGAACAACAGUUUCAGAGAGAAAAAUAAAUAAAAGUCUGUAGUAGAUAUUUUUAUUUAUGUGUAAUGGAAGAUGAAAAUAUGAAAAAUAAAAGGCGGAAAACAAACA